AUGAGUGUUGGCACACACAUCGCUGAGGUCAUUCGACAGGGCAUUUGGGCCUCGCUCACUGGAGGAUGGUACUAUGAACCGGGUUUCUCAAUAUUCUGUAACACACUCCAUCUAUACGUCUGGUUUGUUCUUAUCAUUCUUCCAUUGGUUCUCGGAAUCGUCACAACGAAUGGAGUCUCCCUUGUGUUUGCUGCUGCUUACACUGCAUUCAUUGCCUUCUUCUUCACUGUUAUCAAGAGCGCCGUUGCAUAUCUUCACCUGAUAUUCGAUACGACUGAUCCGGUAGUUGUGACAAGACCACUCAGCGAUUCUGUGGAAGAUGUAUUCAGAGAAGUGUCUGAGCCACCUCCACUCCACGAUGUCGAAAUGAUUGAACUUCGCGAUAUGGGAUACAAUUUGCGCGGGUCUGAAAGAGCAUUGGAUCCAAGACGAGAGACAAGUGUUCGAGAAGAAAUCGCUGCGAAUAUGGCGAGAAUUCGGAGGAAUCAGGAGAUUUGUGAUUAUGUGGCUAGUGGCGCUGCGUCCAGAGAAAACCAGGCCACUUCGGCUCCACACGGUCCCACUACAUCGAAAUUUUGGGAUUUUGGUGAGCAAACUUUUAACUUUUUGUUGUUUUCGUUUUUUUCUUGUCCACUUGACCUAAUUUCGAAAAUCAUACAAAAGUCACACAUUCCAGUUGCCUCCGACACUACAAUCAUCCAAAAUCUACAUCCAAAUGCGAUUGCACAUGUUAAAAAUAUAUUAAAUACUAUUGAAGAUGAAUCGACGGAAACUGAAUCUGAACCGACGUCGACGAAUCGACAAGCGAUCGAAAUCAACAAGAACCCAUACACCAAAGUUCGAAGCCGAUCCACAUCUCCACCUACAGUAGUCGCCACACCGAAACGGAAAAGAUCCAUGCCAUCGAGUCUGAGAAAACGUUUGGAAGCUCAAGUGGACGAGGAAGAGGAGGAUAAGAAGCCAUCCACAUCAUCAGGAAAGCAGAUGCAUGAAAGAUAUAUCAGAAUCAUUCGAGAAAUGAAAGAACAAUCUGAAAGGGAGAAAAAGGAAAAGGAGGAGUUGGAAGAGGAGGAAGAAGAAGAGGAAGAUGAAGGGGAAAUUGAUUAUAAUCAGCCAUCAACGUCAUCUACAGUUCCAUCAAGUAGUAGACGUCCUUCUAGAAGACGUUCUUCCACUGGAGCCACCAAUCGGAAGAGGAAGUAUAGUAGAAGAGCUGGAUCACCGGCUGUUUUUGCGGGGACUUUGAUAAAAAAGGAUUCUCACGAGUCGUCCCGAAGCAUGCCAACCUCUGUCGGAUGGACUCCCGUCGUUGUCUCUCUCGGAGACGUAGACCGCCCGACGACGUCUCGAUACUCUGCAGAUGACGCUGAUAAUGGAGCAGAUAUUCGUGGAGAAAUCACCAAAUUCCUUGAGGAUCUCAUUGAUAAACAUCCCGAAACCCUGGAUGCUAUUGAGAACGUCCGAAUGAGUCGCCUUGGAAGAGGACGUCCAAGUUCAGAAUCUCAUGAAUCUGCACCAAUAAUUGAACUGGCUUCAUCAUCCCAACCGAGCACCUCAGCGGGACCAUCUACUUCGACAGCUCAUCAGAGUGGUCGUGUCACUCAUGGAAUCUUUGCGGUUCCUCAUGUACUAAGGAAUGCUGCGUGA